GCCCAAGGGCAUCUGCUCUGGGCAGGGGGCACGUAACCUUAGCCCUGGGCUGUAGGGCUCGGGCUUGCUGAGGCCCAGGGCCAACACCAGCCUUGGUGUCCCCAUUAAAAUGUUUGAGAACCCUGGCCUGACUGACUAGUGCGCUGCCAGCGUGGAGCGCCAGGCAGGGAGCCAGGCCGCCACAGCUCUCGAGGCCGUUCCCUGGGGUGGACUAAGGACACACAGCGCUAGCUACGAGCGAGUGGCGCUCAGGCGAGAGCGGCUGCAGCCCGCCAAGCCCCCACCCUGGCAGAAGGCUAAAGCCCGCUCCCCAAGACCCUUCCAGCCCCGUCCUCCGCGCCCUCCUCCCUCUGAGCCGCUGGCAACCGUUUCCAUGGCGACCAAGGCCCGCCGCAAGAUGGCGGCCGCGCUGAGGCGAUCUUCGCAUCGUUUCUCGGGCAGCCCCUGCCCGCCAUGAUCACUGCUGUUCUCUGGGCGCUGCUGCUGCUGGGGUCUGAGCGCCCCGCUGGGCGGGCGCAGACCCCGGCUUCGCCAGGGAACCCCGUCUUUCAGCCUUCUUUUAUCCACAUGUCUGGGCCCACAGUCAGUUCAUUUUUAGUUGGGAAUUCAACAGAUGUUGUUCUGGGUGUAAAUGUAAUUCAUGUGAACACUGAGACAGGAGUGUUGCCACUCUGCCACUGCAGUGGGAGUAACAGAUAUGGUGAAUGGAGUUUGAAUGUUUCUCGUGGUAUGAAUGUUUCCAAAGUGACACUAACCUUGAUGAGAAACCUGCAGUUGUGUUUGUCUAAUGCAACUGAUUGCUGCCUGGAGCCACUUUGCGUUGUUGAGACUCUUCAAGUUUCUGCUUGCCGUGGUUCAACAAUGUUGGCAAAUCUCCUGAUUCAAGCUGAAAUAUAUGCCAACUCUUCCUUUACAGGAAAUGUGUCAGAAAAUGCAACAGUCAUCCCUAACCAAGUGUUCCAGCCCCUCGGCUCUUGUCCUUGUAACUUGACAGCUGGAAUUUGUGAUAUUCGUUGUUGCUGUGAUCUGGAAUGCACGCCAGAUUUGAAGCAGUUGUUCAGUGGAUCAUGUUUUACUGGAGUGUUUGGUGGGAAUGUAAACCCACCUUUUGACCAGUUGUGCUCUGUUCAGACAACGAACAGUGCUCCUGACUGGUUUCCCUUCUUGUGCGUACAGUCUUCUCUUAACAAUACACCAUUUCUUGGCUACUUCUACCAUGGCUCUGUUUCUUCAUCUCUAGUUUCUUCAUUUAAGAUUCCUUUGCAAACUGUUCCAGAAAAACCUUUAAGUGGUUACAAACAAGGAGAUCCAAUUAUGACAACAGAGAAUGAGUAUUUUACAAUUCGUCAGCGAUCCAUGGCUGGACAGUGUGUUGGAAACGCCCCAGUAGCAUUCCUUCAGAAUUUUGAUGUUAAAUGUGUUACUAGUCUGUCAGCUUACAAGGAAGGAUUGUCUCAUAAUGUGGUGAUAAACAGUGGUACUGGAGACACCAUCCAACAAAAUGUGAUCUAUGGGAAUGUAACUGAUGUACGUAACUUCAUCACUAAACCAGAAGACAUUCAGAAUACUGAGGUUUUAUGUAUAAAUGUAACCUUUGCAGAAUAUUAUAUGUUCAUAUGGAAAGGCAAGACAAUAGAGGAAAUAAAUGUCACAGUCCUCAUUGGAGAAUUAUGUGAUGGAGAAAUACUGACACAGAGAUUUUCAGUAAACUUUGUAAGCUUCAAUAGUACUAAUACAACAGAACUAUCUGGAAAUCCAGGUUACCAAGUUGGCAAACCUGUUAGAGCGGUAAAUAUUUCUUCUGAUACUGUUACCACUCUAAAACUUUGGCAGCCAGUUGGCAAUGGUUUGUGUACAUCAGCAACUUUCACACCAGUUCUGUUUGGAUUAAAUUCGCUAUCUGGAUGCAUUUUAGAAGUGAAUAUUAAUGAAGAUUGCGGUCAGUUAAGGGAGGAUGUAACUGAUAGAUUUAAUUCAUUAAUACAAGCUACUCAUGUUGGGAAGAGAGGCAACUCAAGUUACAGUGAUCUAAAUGACUUGGUGGAAAUAAUACGUUUAGAUCCACCUAAUCCUAGUGCAAAUGCAAGUGUUGGAAAUUUGAAUGGCAUCUGCUCAGAUAUUCCUGCUAACCUUAAUAUUCACAUAAUCACUGCUGAUGUGGGUGCAGUAGAAGGGAUUGCACAGGAAGAGAUACUCGGUGUACAGAUCAGUUUUUCAACAGUGAUAUGGCAAUUCCAGUGUGGGAUUAUCUGUGAAAAUAAGUCCAGUUCUCUUCCUAUCACUGCUUCAGUCCAGUUUAUUAAAGUACCAGCUCAACCACCCAUUCCAAUGACAAGAUUUCAGAUUAACUAUACAGAAUAUGACUGCAAUCGAAAUGAAGUUUGCUGGCCACAACUCUUUUAUCCAUUGACAUGGUAUUACACAGGAGAACCAUACUCUCAGCGUCUUGCCAAAGGCUUGAUACUGGCAUUUUUCUUUCUACUCGCAGCUGUUCUGAGUAAUCCUUGGAGCAGAAUCCUUAAAGUGGCGGACACCUCGCUCCCCAGCCAAAGCGCCGGGCGAGUCCUGAGCCCCGGCCCGGAGCGCUCCUUCGCAGGCGGCUCGCUGAACCCGGCUGGCGGCUGCUCUGAGAGGCGCCUCCGCCCUAGCUCAGCGCCCUGCCCCUUUCCCCGCGCGCUCUGCCGCUCGGCCCGGGGGCGGGGCGGAGGAGCGCCGGGCUCGCCGCCGCUCGGCCCGCGCUGCCCCGGCCCGCUGAGGGGGAGGCUUAGACACCGGAAGCGGCUGGAGUUGCUGCUCGCGGACGCAGGAGCUGAGCUCUCUCCAUGGCCCCGGGGAUGGGGGAGCCCGCCGAGUCCCGCGGGAGGCGGUCGCGCUACAGGGCCCGGUGAUCCUCGUCAGCCCGUUUGGCGUGUGGGGGCCGGGAGGCCGCAGCCUCCACCCCACGCCGGCCCAGGGCUCAUCAUGGGCUCCCUGUUCCGCAGCGAGAGUAUGUGCCUGGCCCAGCUCUUCCUGCAGGCGGGCUCGGCCUAUGAGUGCCUCAGCGAGCUGGGCGAGAGGGGCCUGGCCGAGUUCAGAGACCUCAACCCCAGUGUAAGUGUAUUUCAGAGAAAAUUUGUGGGUGAAGUGAAGAAGUGUGAAGAAAUGGAAAGGAUACUUGGAUUUCUAGUUCAAGAAAUUAAGAAAGCUGAUAUUCCUCUUCCUGAAGGAGAUACUGCUCCUGCUGCCCCUCAUCUUAAACACAUGUUAGAAAUCCAGGAACAGUUGCAGAAGCUAGAGACAGAAUUGAGGGAGGUGACUAAAAACAAAGAAAAGUUGAAGAAAAACCUGCUUGAGUUGACAGAGUAUACAUACAUGUUGCGAAUCACACAAACCUUUGUCAAAAGACCUGUUGAGUAUGAAUCCAGUUUACAUGCCAAUUAUGAGGAAUUCCCAUCUUUAGAAAAUGAUCCUUUGGUGGACUACACUUGUAUGCAUAGACUGGGUGCCAAGCUAGGAUUUAUAUCUGGUUUAGUUCACCAAGCAAAAAUUGAAGCAUUUGAAAAAAUGCUAUGGAGAGUCUGCAAAGGAUAUACCAUUCUUACUUAUGCAGAGCUGGAUGAAUGUCUGGAAGAUCCAGAUACAGGUGAAAUCAGAAAAUGGUUUGUGUUUUUAAUAUCCUUUUGGGGUGAACAGAUUGGCCAGAAGGUUAAGAAGAUAUGUGACUGCUAUCAUUGUCAUGUAUACCCCUAUCCCAAUACCACUGAGGAGCGCAGAGAUGUUAUUGAAGGACUAAACGUUCGCAUUCAGGAUCUUCAUGUUGUGCUGCAUAAAACUGAGGAUUACUUACGACAAGUAUUAUGUAAAGCAUCAGAAUCCAUUUAUACCUGGGUUAUCCAAGUGAAGAAGAUGAAAGCCAUUCAUCAUGUACUAAACCAGUGCAGUUUUGAUGUCACAAAUAAAUGUUUAAUUGCUGAGGUUUGGUGCCCAGUAGGUGAUCUGCCAAACUUGCGUCGAGCACUCGAGGAAGGAUCAAGAAAGAGCGGAGCUGCAAUCUCUUCAUUCAUGAACACCAUACCAACAACAGAAACGCCUCCAACUUUAAUACGUACCAAUAAAUUCACUUCAGGGUUCCAAAACAUUGUUGAUGCUUAUGGAGUUGGGAACUACAGAGAAGUUAAUCCAGCCCUCUACACCAUCAUCACCUUCCCCUUCUUAUUUGCUGUUAUGUUUGGAGACUUUGGACAUGGUCUUCUAAUGUUUAUCUUUGCCCUCUUGAUGGUACUUUAUGAAAACCACCCUCGACUAAUUCGAUCACAAGAUGAGAUCAUGAAAAUGUUCUUUGAAGGGAGAUACAUAAUUUUGUUGAUGGGUCUAUUUUCUGUAUACACUGGCUUGAUUUAUAAUGACUGUUUUUCAAAGUCAUUAAAUAUAUUUGGUUCUGGAUGGAAUAUUUCUGCAAUGUUUCAACGAAAUAUCUGGCAUCUUGAUGAUUUGAAGUCUAAUCGAUAUUUGACAUUGGAUCCAAAUGUUACUGGAGUGUUUAAUGGAGUUUAUCCCUUUGGCAUAGAUCCGAUCUGGAACCUGGCAAGCAACCGUCUCAGUUUUUUAAAUUCUUUCAAAAUGAAAAUGUCUGUGAUUUUUGGAGUGACUCACAUGACUUUUGGAGUUAUUUUGGGGGUCUUUAACCACUUAUAUUUCAGGAAGAGGCACAAUGUUUAUUUGGUUUUCCUUCCUGAACUUUUAUUCAUGCUGUGCAUCUUCGGGUAUCUUGUAUUUAUGAUCAUCUUUAAAUGGCUAGCUUAUUCUGCAGAAAACUCCAGAUCUGCUCCCAGCAUUCUGAUUCAGUUUAUUAACAUGUUUCUAUUUCCCACUAGUGGAAUGGACACCUUUUAUACAGGACAGGUUAUUUUUCAGAGAUUUUUAUUUAUUGUUGCUUUGCUUUCUGUUCCUGUAAUGCUUUUUGGAAAACCACUUUAUUUGUAUUGGUUGCACCAUGGACGCCGAGGCAUUGGAACGUACAGAGGUGGCUACAGACUUGUUCGAAAAGAAAGUGAAGAAGAACUUUCUCUAUUGGGAUCACAUGAUGUGGAGGAAGGAAGCAGCCCUUCAGACAGUGGGCACAGAGAAGGGGAUGGAGAAGAGUUUAACUUUGCAGAUGUUUUUAUGAAUCAGACUAUUCAUACCAUUGAAUACUGUCUAGGAUGCAUCUCCAACACUGCUUCAUACCUGAGACUCUGGGCACUAAGUCUUGCUCAUGCACAGUUAUCAGAAGUGCUGUGGGCGAUGAUAAUGAGAGUGGGCCUUCGUGUGGAUGCAGCAUAUGGAAUCUUGCUGUUAGUUCCAGUUUUAGCCUUCUUUGCUGUGUUAACAGUAUUCAUUCUUUUGGUCAUGGAAGGUCUUUCUGCUUUUCUACACGCUGUACGACUUCAUUGGGUGGAAUUUCAGAACAAGUUCUACACCGGUGGAGGUUACAAGUUUACUCCUUUUUCCUUUAAGCACAUUUUUUUACAUUUUAAUAAAGAUGAUAUUGCAUAAUUUUAUUGGCAUAAGUGGAGGUGUUCAGAGUUGUCUGCAAAUCAUGUAAUUAGAUCUCACUGAUGUACAGUUUGUAGAAAAAUGUGUUUUUCACUGAUUGCCUUAUAAUGUAGCCAAAUAAUUCUGUAAUAUAUACCUCCUUCAGACAAAUACAUUGCCGAUCUGGAGCCUCUUGUAAAAUAUAUAGGCAUAAAAUGUAUGUUUUUUUCAUAAUAAACUAAUGUUGUAAAUUAAUUUUAAGAUCAUUCUAAAAAAUAAUCUUAUUGCUUGUUCUAAAAAUAAGAAAGGUAUUUUAUUUCCAGAAGAGACUGUUUAUAUUCUUUAAUGAAUACUUUUAAAUGAUCUUAAUUACCUUAAUUUCCUUUUCGUCAUAUAAAAUACACAGCAAGAUUACUGUAUAUUACUUGUGAUCACACCCUCUCAUUAACUUAAAUUGCCACCUAGUGGAAUCUGGAAGCAGUUAACAUUAAACAGUGUAUAUUUUCAGUAGUUAUUCCCAGGAGAUUACCAAAAAUAGUAUAAACCAGUAAAUACUAAUAUAAAAUGCUCUUUUGGGACUAUUUUUAAAAGUACACCAACAAAACAUUUUGUGUCUUGAAUUCUGCCCAGAAUUAUUACUUUAAUCUUUGCAAGUGCACAUCCUGAAGCUUCAUUUGAUAAAAGAAAAAUUAAGGGCAGGUAGGGGAAACCCAACUAUGUUUUUUUUUUAUCUCCCUUCAUUGAGGAGUUUACAGUCUUAUGCCCCAAUUUUGCUAAAUGAUCUGUGUGGGUCGACUCCUAUACUUGUGUGGAACUCCACUGGGUGCAGGGAUUGCCCAUCCAAACCAUUUUGCAGGAUCAGGGCCUUAAUGAUGUCUUUAACAGGUGACUCAAAUUGUAUAGCAGAAUAUGUUAUAUUAAAUGCUCAUUCUACAGACCUUUCACAUGUAAAGUUCCCAUUAAUGGGAACUAUAGUUUUAUGACGAGUGCAGAAUCAGGCCUUAAAUGUACUCUGUAUAUAUUUGGCUUUAAAGACAUUUAUGGAUAUAACUUGACUGGAGUGACUGGUUUAUCUGAUGUUAUUGAACCAACGUUGUUUAUACUGAGUUAAGAAAUGUUACUUAAAAGCGUAUAUGUGAGGGGAAGAGACGGUGCUUUUGCAUUUUUUAUAUCAAAAUGAAAAUUGGGAUAUUUUACCAUAAUAGUUUGACAUUUGUGCCAUAAGAACAGCAUAAGUUAACGUUUACAUUUUUCUUUUAUACUGAUUCCAAAUAAAAUAUAAUUGCCAUUUGCAGAAUUAA